GUGGCAUUGCCCACAAAAAUGGACAAAUCCUUGUUGGCGAUCAACUAUUGGCCAUCAAUGCUGAAUCGGUGCAAGGUAUGCCACUGUCACAUGCCACAAAUCUGCUGCAAAAUCUUGGUGAUAUUGUUGAUUUGAAAAUUUUGCGGAUGCAUGAUGUUCAAAAUAGUUAUGGUGCAACACUGGAAACAAAUAAUAUGCCACAACCCCAAGCCAUAUACGCCAAAGUGCAACGAAGACCCAGAAGUCCUUCGACAAAUACCGAUAAUGGUUCCAACAGUGGUUCCAGUAGCGGCAAGGCUGAAAAACAAAGAAUAUUCCAUGUUACACUUUUCAAAGAUAAGGUGUAUGAUGAUUAUGGCUUUUCCGUAUCGGAUGGUCUCUAUGAACGUGGUGUGUUCAUAAAUCGUAUACGUUCGGGUGGACCGGCAGAUAAAUGUGGAAUGCUAAAGCCAUUCGAUAGAAUUAUGCAGGUUAAUGAAAUGAAAACUCAAGAUUUCGAUUGCUGCCUCACAGUUCCAUUGAUUGCUGCCGCUGGCGAUAAAAUUGAAAUGAUCAUCCAAAGAACGGAAUAG